CUAGUCAACUGACUCCUUUCGGCCAAUUAUUGGUGAGCACUCUUAUCCAAAGCUUGCUCUGAACCACAAGUCAACAUCCAAUGCAUAUCCUCGUUGUGAACGAUGACGGGCCCCCUUCGCGGGAUACAUCCCCGUAUGUGCAUUCCUUGGUCCACGAACUUCAGACCCAAGGACACAUCGUGACUGUGGUCUUGCCGAACCAGCGACGUUCCUGGAUCGGAAAAGCCCACUUCGUCGGGGAAGUGGUCAAGGCGACGUACUUCUCUCCUGGGGAACCGUUUCGGUUCGAGGGUACCGAGCACCAAACCCCUCAUGGACUGUCGAAUGGCACUCACAGCAGCAGCAAUGGAGCGCAGAACCAUCGCCCAUGGAUGCUCGCCAAUUCGACCCCCGCUGGUUGUGUGCAAAUCGGGUUGCAUCACUACCACCCUUACCAGCAGGAAGGCAAGCCCAUCCCGAUCGACCUGGUGAUAUCGGGCCCGAACCUUGGAGCAAACGCAACGGCUCUCUUCUCCCUCUCCAGUGGCACGAUCGGCGGGGCCAUGGAGGCCGUGCUGUGUGGGAAGAGGUCUAUUGCUCUUUCCUUCGAGCCAGUGGCCAGAGACGACGUUUGCAAUCCGGUGCAGAUUACAGAUGCAUGUAGACAUGCUGUGCAUCUGAUCAAGCAUCUGUACCACAGUUGGGACGAAGGCGUAGAACUCUACUCCGUGAACAUACCGCUGCGAUCUGCCCCCAGCGGAGACAGAAAGGUCAUGUAUACUCGGAUCCGACCGAACCGUUGGCUCGCAGCUAGUCCGUUCCAAGUCGUUUCACCGUCCGGGGAUGCAACUGAGCAGAACCCCGAUUCGUCGCUGCUACUGCGAUGGGCGCCAGACUUAUCAGACAUCCAUGGUAGUAUGGACCGCACCUCGGAUGCAGAUGAUGACUGGGCAGUGCGUGAGGGAAAGACCAGUGUGACUCCGUUGAAAGCGAACUUCAUGCAUGCUGUCCAUUGCGAGGGCGAGAUUCAUCUCAAAUAA